AUGAGCUCACCUCAGCCCUUCACCCGAGUCCUCUCCCCACCUCUCAAUUUUCUCCCCCCAAAUACCCCCCCGCACCUUUUCUCAGCGACAGUGGAGCACUUCACCUCCAUCCCGUGGUGCGCGAAACUCCUAUCCGUAGACCCAGCAGCACCCAACAACCACAGCCAACCGAUCCCCUUCAUCUCACAAAGCUUCAACCCCGAGAGCCCAGAGCACGACCAGUUCGUCGGCACAACACUCACAUCUCCCCAGGCCCUGCGCCGCGGUCUAGGCGUCUUCCGUCCAGAGGACCCAGAACACACACGAGACCCAACUCGACCCAUUACGAAGGUUAUAUCGCUGUAUACAGUUGGAAAUGGUCUGUGUGGAUUUAAGGGGAUCCUGCACGGCGGGAUGAUCAUGACGUUGUUUGACGAGGUAACGGGGUCUGUGGUGGAGAUUAACAUGGCCUUAGGCAAGAAAUGGAUUCAGUCCGGUUUGAUGAUGGUGACGGGGUCUCUGAGCGUGAAGUUCUUGCGGCCGGUUCCGGUUAAUAGUGAGGUGUGUGCGACUGCGUGGUUGGAGAAGAUCGAGGGUCGUAAGGCGAUGAUACGAGCGGAGAUUACGGGGUCUGAGGGUGAGAGGAUGGCGACAGCAGAAAGUGUUUGGGUUGUGAUUGCGCCGAAGGUAUAG